AAACGGACUCCUCACAGUUUGCUAGUCUUCAGUCUCCCUUACUGCACACAAGAGAAAAAAUCUCUACGUAUCUUUUCCAGGGCUUGCGGCUCAUUUUUACAGAUGGAUCUCGUAUCAUCUUCCGACUGAGUGGCACGGGGAGUGCGGGAGCCACCAUUCGACUGUACAUCGAUAGCUAUGAAAAGGAUGUCACCAAGAUCAACCAGGACCCCCAGGUCAUGUUGGCUCCGCUUAUUUCCAUUGCGCUGAAGGUGUCCCAGCUCCAGGAGAGGACAGGACGCACUGCACCCACCGUCAUUACAUAAGAAGACAGUCUGAACAGUGCGUCCCUCCACUCAAGACCUAGUCACACCAUUGGAUUGAGGAGCAUGGACAGAAACAAAGUAUUGACCCAGGCUUUUUAGGAUUUGAUUUUUCCACUUUCCUGCUGUUGAUGGACAGUAUUUGCCAGGCACUGCUUGUGGAGAUGCCUGUGGGAGCUGUGUGGGAGAGGGACAGAGGACCUGUGGGCUCAUCCUAACCACAGCUCCUUCUCAUGCCCUUCUGCACUGCCGCUGGGUGGGCAUUUGUCUCCUUAGCAUCAGGCGCUGUUUACCCUCCAGUGUAAAGUGGAGGCUGAGUACCAGUGAGCAAGGCCAUCUUUCAUCUUUAGGAUGUGCCGACAGAAUGACAGUGCGAGUUCCUUUCUCUUUGGUGAAUCUUGUUCCCAUUCAUUGUUUACAUGUAAGUCAACAAAAUGCAAUUUCUGUGCUUUCUCUACAAUCAGUUUUCCUGUGAGUGAGACGUACUUAUCUACAGAUUUCUGCCUUGUUCAGCUUUAAUUUUGGGAUAUUAAAGCAGAAUAAGCUACUA